AUGCGUAGUUAUAAAGUUAAUGAGUUAAAGACGUUCUUGAGAAAGGAGAAGACAACUGUCACCCAUGCCAGAGGAAUACUUGUUGGAUGUGCUGAGGCUGGAAAAACAACGCUACUGAAGCGAUUAAGAGGGCAAAGUCAAAAUAUCGGCGAAGUUACAGAGUCCACCAGGGGACUGGAAGUCCAUCAACAUGUCUUCAUUGUUAAAGAUGGAAGUUUAGAAGUAGCUGAUGAUGAUUCACCAUUGAAGACAUUUAUCAGGAUAAAUGCAGCGGACCUAAAGCCAAACAUGAGCGGUGCAGUUGACCUCUCCAAUCCAAAUGAAAAUAGAGAUAAUUCGGGACUGAAAAGUCAUUACAAAGAGAGGGGGGAAACCAUGCUCUAUAGCCGAGAAGAAGAGAAAGUUGAGUUGUCUAGCCCACCAACUAAACGCAAAAAAGAAGUCAGUACAGUAGAAAUAAUGGCAAGUGUUCUCUCCUCAAAAGAAGAAAAAAUGGUGAAAGAUGAAAUUUUUCAGAAAAUCUUGUCUGAAAAAGAGAAUUUACCAACUGUUAGCAUGCUGGAUUUUGCUGGACAGUUAGCGUAUUAUGCCUGCCACCAAAUUUACGUAACACCAAAGGCCUUCUUUAUCCUUGUGUUGGACAUGACUAAGAAGUUUGAAGAUGUUGUCGAUAAAGAGAAAGAUAAUCAAGAAGGAUCAAUCUUCUCUGUGUGGACUUACAAAGACUACCUGAAGUUUUGGAUAACCUCAAUCAAGACUUUUGGAGGCACUAAGGCACCACUGUUCAUUAUUGUCACACACACAGAAAAAACAUCUACAAAUGAAAUAGAGAAGUACUUUGAAGACUUCUGGAAUGCUGUACCAGACGAGGACAGAGUUUGGUUAAGUGAAUCUCUGAAUGAUCGUGAUUAUGCUGUGGGUCUAGUUGAACUAAAUGAUGAAACAAAAACAAAGCUGGAAUCAAUGAAAAAGUCCAUAGUUGAACUAUUCACAGAUGAGCUUAAUACAAAAAUUGAAAUACCUUCUUCAUGGGCUUUAAUGGAACAAUUAUUGUAUGAUGGAGGGUGGAAGGUUUUGUCCAUUGCAGAAAUUUGGAGGCUCAACUCAUCCCUUCCUGAUGAAUGCCAAUUUAAAAGUGAUGAGGAAAUGUCUAAGUUUCUGAAGUGUUUCCAUGACAAUGGCAUUCUUUUGUAUUUUCAAGAUGAAAAAUUGAGUGAACAUGCAGUACUAGACAUUCAGUGGUUUGCUAAAGCUUUCAGUAAGAUCAUUGCUGAUAAAAACCACAUUAACAAAGACUGCAAAACGAGAUUAAUCAAAGAUUGGAAAUCCUUCAACAAAACAGGAGAACUUAAAGUUAAAGUGGUAAAUGCACUAUGGAGAGAUGAACCCUUAUAUUUGACACAUAAAAGUGAAAUCAUGUCUUACAUGGAGAAGCUUCAAAUGCUGGUACCUUUGGAAUCCUCUGGGGCUGUAUCAGAAGGUGACAUGUCAUGGUAUGUCCCGUGCAUGAACAAAAAGCAGUUUCUAGCCAACUUUUGUGAAGAUAAAUGGGAAUGCUCCUCCAUUUUGUGCUAUCAUUUAACUUCUUUUGCCAUGUUUGUGUUCUAUAGACUGAUAGCGUACUGCAUGGGUUUUCUGGAAUGGAAUGUUUCAACAGAUGAAGAUCAUGAAGGAAGUCUAUGUCUUUAUCAAACAGCAGCAGUGUUUGAUCACAAAGAACACACUGUUGUUGUUGGCAUAUGUAAUGAUGACAUUCAGUUACAAGUGUUGCGAAUCAGACCAUUGGCUAUAGAUAGAGAGGUAUCAAAUGAAAUCGGAGACUCUAUUCAAAAUGCCAUAAAAAAGUUGACAGAAACAUUUAUUAGCACAAACAUUUUCCAUAAAGGAUUCAAAUGCCAAAACAUUAUUUGUAAUGAGAAAGAUUUAUCUUUCACUCUUGAAAGUGAGCUGUCCGAAAUCAAAGCUGAAGAAACGCAGUGCAAGUGCCAACUUCAGAGAAAACACGUGAUAAAUGUUCAAAAGACUCUAGGCUUCUGGAAGAAGGUAAUUACAUAUGAAUAA